AUGUCCCUUAACGGUGCAACUAGCAAUGGAAAAACACCAGUCCAUGAACGAGAUGCUCACGCAGCCUAUUAUGAGCGACGUCUGGUCAAUGUACAGCCCGCCCGUCUAGAUGACCUUCAGCCGAAAUAUGCUCAAACAAUCAACCAUGAUGACGAUAACCCAGACGUGCACGGAUGCUUUGAACGGUCGGUAGAUCCUGGCUUGGUAAAGGUGAACCCCCUUAGUGAACACCUGAGGACAGUGGACGUCAAAAUUCAGAUAGUCGAAGUGCCUCGCCAGGUGUAUGUACGACUGGCCCUUGUUGAACGCACCCAGACGGCACUACGGCAUGUAAUCGGAGCUCGCAUCCUCCAGGACGUGAUCGAACGCCGCGAGGAAAUAGCACAGUCGACAUCGGAGAUCAUCGAGGAAGUUGCUGCCGGCUGGGGUGUGCAGGUUGAGUCGAUGCUCAUUAAGGCCAUUAUUUUGCACCUGCCAUAG